AAAAACUUUUCAGUCGAGCCGGCAACGUGGCCGGUUCCUAGCAGUCGAAGUGUUGUAGUGAUUUGGGCGUGAAUAUAACUCAAUUUUCGUGAAAAUUUAUCUGUUUUUCUAGAUAUGUGAGCCGUGGAUAACUGAAAAAGAAUAAGUGUGAAUAAAGUGCAUCGGCCAUCAUGUCCCUAUCACUCCGAAUCAACAUCGUCGACAGCAACGUGACGAAAACGAUCGUGUUCAGCUCAUCGACGACCGUUCACGACGCCUGCCGAAUCAUACGAGAAAAAUGCACCGAAGCCAUUGGCCAACCGAAAGAUUAUGGACUGUUUCUCACAGACGAAGACACGAAAUCUGGAGUAUGGCUGGAACCGGCCAGAACUCUGGAGUACUACCUAUUGAGAAACGGUGACGUUAUCGAGUACCGGAAGAAAUUGAGGAAUUUGAAAGUCAAGAUGUUGGACGGUACGACAAAAACAAUCAGAGUAGACGAUUCCCAAAUCGUAGCCAACAUGAUGGUAGUCAUCUGCACCAGACUGGGCAUCACCAACCACGACGAGUACUCUUUGGUACUGGAAGACCUCGAAAAUCAGGAGAACAUCGACAACAAAAACUACGGAACUCUAACCUUAAAAAAGAAACGCGAAGAACGCGAACGAGAUGCCAAAAUGGAACAGCUAAGAAAGAAACUUCAUACUGAUGAUGAAGUGAAUUGGUUGGAUCCCUCCAAAACGCUGAGAGAACAAGGGAUCCAAGAAAACGAGACAGUGCUUUUGAGGAGGAAGUUCUUUUUUUCUGAUCAGAACAUCGAUUCGAGAGAUCCGGUUCAGUUGAAUUUACUCUAUGUGCAAGCUAGAGAUGCUAUUUUGAAUGGAACACAUCCAAUCACGCAGGAGAAGGCUUGUGAGUUUGCGGGAGUUCAGUGUCAAAUUCAAUUUGGAGAUCAUAUCGAGAGCAAGCACAAACCUGGAUUUCUUGAUUUAAAAGAAUUCCUACCACAGUCCUACACGAAAAUCAAGGGUAUCGAAAAAAAGGUGUUCCAAGAGCACAGGAAAUGUCAGGGUUUGUCAGAGCUGGAUGCCAAAGUGAAGUACACCAAAACGGCUCGAUCGCUACCAACCUACGGUGUGACUUUUUUCCUUGUCAAAGAAAAGAUGAAGGGCAAAAAUAAGUUGGUACCUAGGCUUUUGGGCGUGACUAAAGAGUCGGUACUGAGGCUGGACGAGAAAACUAAAGAAACGUUGCAGACGUGGCCUCUGACCACUGUGAGAAGAUGGGGUGCUUCUCCAAAUACUUUUACCUUGGAUUUUGGAGAUUAUUCCGACCAGUACUACUCAGUUCAAACCACAGAUGCUGAGCAAAUACAGCAGAUCAUUGCGGGGUACAUUGACAUUAUAUUGAAGAAAAAACAAGCCAAAGAUCAUUUUGGAAUUGAUGGCGACGAAGGUUCAACUAUGUUUGAAGAAACUGUGUCACCACACAAAGCGUCUUUCAUACAGCACGAAUCAAAUAAAGUGGCUAAACUUGACACACAUUCAGUGGCCAAGCCUGCGGUCAUGAGAGCUGGAGAUAACGGUGAAAAAACGUUUUCUAUCGGUUCAAUGGGUGGUCCACAGCAAACCACUGUCAGUGGUCAAGCAAAUCUUGCCCAUACACCCCCUGUAACGUCUUACAAGCACACCAAAAUUACUUCGGUGCUCACCGAGCCACAACGAGCCCUGAUUUCCUGCAUUGAAGCCACGCACACCAAGAUCAAAGAGUCCCAAAUCGAUUUGGAGACGGAACUGCACUAUCCAGAGAUAGGAAGCGAUGCGGUGGCCAAAAAAUGGAAACAAGUCACUUUGGACACCAGCAAACAAAACGUGGGCAGUCAAAUAGCUGCUAUGAAUGCCGCCACUGCUCAAGUGGUUAAACUAGCUUCGGCGCCGCAAGACGAAGUCGAUCACCACGCGGUAGGUGCUGCUGUCACCACAAUCGGCAGCAACCUUCCAGAAAUGACCAAGGAAGUCAAAAAGAUCAUAGCAUACUCUGACGACAAAAAUAUGGGCGAAAAGCUACUGGAUGCUACGAGAAAACUCUGUAAUGCUUUCAGCGAUCUCCUCAAAGCUGCAGAACCAGAAUCCAAAGAACCAAAACAAAGUGUUAUCAAUGCAGCCUACAGAGUUGGUGAAGCUAGCACUCAGGUGUUGGCUACUAUUGGAGAAGAUACGGCUGCGAACAAGGAGCUGCAAGAUCUGUUGAUGUCGUUGGCUAAAGGAGUGGCUAAUACCACGGCGGCUUUGGUUUUGAAAGCGAAGAAUAUUGCGUCAACUUGCGAGGACCAGCAAAUGCAGAAUAGAGUCAUUGGUGCUGCUACCCAAUGCGCCCUAGCCACCUCCCAACUAGUAGCCUGCGCCAAAGUAGUCGCCCCCACCAUUCACUCCCCCGCCUGUCAAGAACAAUUGACAGGAGCUGUCAGAGAAGUUGCCAAAGCCGUCGAAAAUCUAGUCAGCAUCUGUAACGAAGCCACGCCCGACGAAAACCUAAACAAUCAGCUACGUGACGCAGCCGCUGAAGUGUCAAGAUCAUUGAAUGCUUUGCUGAACCAUAUCAAGCUUAGUGGAAGGGAGAAGGCUAAAGAGUCUGUGCAGGAGCAUAGUGUUGAGGAGAUUUACACUGCUACUGAUAAAAUAUCGGCUGCUACAGGGGAUGCGAAUGAGAUGGUGAAGCAGGCUAGGAGACUGGGCAAUGCUACUGCGCAGUUGAUUCAGAGUAUCAAGGGUGAGGCGGAGAAGUUGCCUGAUUCGGAUAUACAGAGAAGGUUGCUUGCGGCGGCUAAGACUUUAGCUGAUGCCACGGCUAAAAUGGUCGAGGCAGCUAGACAGUGCGCCACAAAUCCUAGCGAUAUUAAGUACCAAGAUCAACUUCGUCGUACCGCUGAAGACUUGAGAGACGUCACUAUAGUAGCUGCAACUACUCCAGCUCUACGUACUAAACUAGUAGAUCGCGUUCAGGUAUGUGCGCGCAAGGUUGUAGCUUCCGCGAAUCUGUGCCUCACAGCUGCCCACGCUAGUCAUCCUUAUAAUCCCAACCCUGCUACUAAGCAGGCUCUUAUACAAGACACUGAUGAUUUGGCUGAUCAUAUUCCACCGUUGGUCGAGGUUAUCCAGGCUAAUAGUGCUCAUCCAGAGGACAUAAACACCCAAAGUGAACUAAUGUAUAUUGCAGAAGUGUUCUUACAUCCUGCCACUCAAUUUAUCCAAACAUCUCGGUCAGUGUUGCCAACCAUCACUGAACAAUCGAUCACAGAACAACUGUCAAUCACCAGUCAUCAACUCAACUCUGAUCUGAAUGAUCUGAGAAACGCUUUAAGUAGAGCUAAACCGGCCUGUCAAGGACUUGGUAUGGAUGGAGCAGCACAAUUAUUAGAAGGCUUGCAAGAAGAACUUCGUGAGUUCGAACGAGCGGUUGAAGCUCACAGGUUGCGUCCAUUGCCGGGUGAUUCAACAGAAAAGGGCGCUCAACAGUUGAUCGCCAGCGGAAAAUUAGUCAACCAAGGCGUUGCGCAACUGCUCAGUGCAACGGCUCAAGGAAAUGAAAUGUAUAACACUCAGGCUGCAAGAGAUACAGUGCACAGCCUUAGGAAUUUCACUGGAGCUGUGAGGUGUAUUGCGGCGACAAAUGACAACCCUGACUUGCAGAGAAAGAUAAUCCAUGCAGGCCAAGACGUCCUGGACCACUCUGCAAAACUCCUGGAAGAAUCCCAACGCAGCCUCCACGAAGUCGACACUACCCCAGCCCUCCAAAGAGCGGCCAAAGACGUGAACGCGGCCAUCCAGCGCGCGGUUGGUUGCCUACCCGGCCAAAAAGACGUCGACUCUGCCAUCACCAACAUCAUAGAAUGGACCUCGACCAUAGAAUCAGGCCGUUUUCCACCUACUUCCAAGUCUUACGGCGAGCUCCAACACGAACUGACUACUGCUGCCGCUAAUCUAGACCAAGCGAGUGCCGGAGUGGUUCAUUCGGUACACAGUCCGGUCCAACUGGCCUCGUCUUCGAAAGAUUUUAGUUCGGCCUUCCAUGACUUGCUGCAGGUGUCGCUGGAGAUGGCCGGACAGACUAGCGAGCCAUCGGUUAGAGGUGAGAUGGUGCAUUCGUUGAAGAGCGUGUCUACAUCUUCCAGUGCGCUGUUGACCACUGCAAAGUCCUUGUCUGCCGAUCCGAAUUUGCCUAACGGGAAAAAUCAGUUAACCACAGCUGCAAGAGCGGUCACUGACAGCAUCAACCACCUCGUCAUAGUGUGCACUUCAGCAGCCCCUGGUCAGAACGAGUGCGAUAACGCUAUAAGAAAGAUCCAAGCCAUGCGCUACUUGUUGGAAAAACCAAGUGAACCAAUCAAUGACCUUUCGUAUUUCGAAUCGUUAGAACAAGUGAUAGAGAAAAGCAAAGUUCUGGGCGAAGCCAUGACUGGUAUCACCCUAACUGCCAAGAACUCCCAACAUGAGAAAUUUACCGAACACAUCAAGAACUUCAGUGGAGGAAUUUGCUCUUUGGUGGAGACUUCAGCACAAGCAGCUUAUUUGGUCGGUGUAUCUGACAGUUCCUCCAUAGCAGGCCGCCCAGGCCUAGUAGACCAGGCUCAAUUCGCGCGAGCUUCCCAAGCCAUAGCCCGCGGUUGCGAGGCUUUAUCCAACCCUACCAGUCCCCAAAAACAAGUCCUAGAAGCCGCAACAAUCAUAGCCAAGCACACCAGCGCCCUGUGCAACUCUUGCCGAACGGCUAGCUCCAAAACUAACAAUCCCGUCGCUAAAAGACAGUUCGUGCAAAGCGCCAAAGCUGUUGCCAAUUCUACGCAAGCUUUAGUAACUGAAAUCAAGGCUUUGGAUAGUAAUUAUUCGGUUGAGAAUAGGAGGAGGUGUGCUGAGGCUACCAGGCCUUUGCUGGAAGCCGUGGAGGAUUUGUGUGUUUAUGCUAGUUCAAGCGAGUUUAUUACUAUACCUGCCAAAAUAUCUCCGCAGGCUUUGGAGGCACAGAAGCCUAUAGUAGGAGCUGGAAAUAGAUUGAUUGAUAGUUCAUGCUUCGUCAUUUCUUCGGCGAAAAAUUUGAUUGUUAUGCCGAAAGAUCCUUCCACUUGGCAACAGUUUGCGAAGUCUUCCAAGGAGGUGUCUGAUACUAUUAAGCAGUUGGCAGAUAAUAUUAGAGAGGGAGCUCCAGGAAAGAGCGAAGCCGACCAAGCUCAACGUAUCCUGAACAAUCACCUCAAAACACUCGACGCAGCCUACAUGGACGCUGUUUCUCAGUCUCUUAAACCUAGGAGAGCCACUACACUGCCCAUAUACAGCCAACAAGUUGACAGAGCUGCGGCAAGUUUGAACGAUACCAUCGAACCCUUGCGUCAAGCAGGCAAGUAUGAAGCUGAAAACAUUGGUCACAGUUUGACUCAAAUGAUCCAGUAUUUCGAGCCUUUGGUACAGAAUACGAUAGGAGCUGCGUCUAAUAUGACCAACUCUAAACAGCAAGAACAACUGUUGAAUCAGGCAAAGUCAGUGACGGAAAGCGCAUGGCAGUUGGUGGAUACUGUCAAGAACUGUGGCGGAAAUCCUAAGUCUGUCAAUAUCCACCCGGAUAUCGACGAAACCGCUGACAUCACCAAGGAAGCCCUACAAGAACUAGUCCAAUCCCUAGAGGUCAUCUCCACUCAAACGGGCAAAGUGUCCAGCGUGGUGGACAACUUGACACGUGCAAUGACGCGUCUGUCUGACCACAGAGCCUCUCUGGUCAUUUCUGACAGUGAGGGUUAUGUGGACUAUCAGACAAGAAUGGUGGAAUGUGCCAAAGAUAUCGCCAAAAUAGCCAGUGAAAUGGCAACUAAAGCCGCAACAGAUAGCCAGGAGUUGGCCAGCCUUAGUGCCAAGCUAGCCCAUAAGUACACGCAGCUGUCAAAUGACAGUAUUGGCGCUGCAGCAGCUGCGACAAACGCAGACGUGGGAAUUAGACUUAAAGAGGUGGUUCAACAACUUGGUGGUGCUUGCGUGGAACUUGUUCAGGCUAGCGGGCAGUGUCUCAUCGCCAAAGACGACAUUAUUCUCAGGGAGGUUGGUGACUGUUCGCGCAACGUUGCCGAAAAAGUGUCCAGAGUGUUGGCAACAUUGCAGAGCGGAUCUAAAGGCACUCAAGCUUGUAUCAACGCAGCGUCUACAGUAUCUGGUAUCAUCGGAGACCUGGAAACGACCAUAAUGUUCGCUACUGCCGGAAAUUUGAAUCCAGAACACGAGAAUGAGUCCUUUGCUGAUCAUAGAGAAAAUAUACUGAAAACAGCAAAGGCCUUGGUGGAGGAUACAAAAACGUUGGUGGCUGGAGCUGCCAGUUCUCAAGAGCAGUUGGCUGUGGCCGCACAGAACUCUGUUGCAACCAUAGUAAAAUUAGCCGAAGUUGUCAAAUUUGGAGCUGCCAGUUUGGGCUCAGACAAUCCAGACUCACAAGUGAUGCUGAUCAACGCGGUUAGAGAUGUGGCCAGUGCUCUGGGUGAUCUAAUUCACGCCACUAAGGCUGCCAGUGGCAAACCUAUAAACGAUCCUGCAAUGGCUCAUCUUAAAGACAGCGCCAAGAUUAUGGUGACAAACGUAACCUCACUUUUGAAAACUGUCAAAGCCGUUGAAGACGAACACACCAGAGGGACAAGAGCUUUGGAGUCGACAGUCGAAGCUAUUGGGCAAGAAAUGAGGACCCUGUAUUCUAGUGAAGGUUGCAAACCAAACGUGACAGCCGAAGACCUGAUUCGCUGCACAAAGAAUAUCACUAACGCCACAGCCAAAUCAGUAUCAGCAGGAAUCAGCAAUAAACAAGACGAUAUCAUCGCUGCUGCAAACAUAUCCAGGAAAGCCAUCUCGGACAUGCUUGUCACUUGCAAGAGCGCCGCCUAUAACUUAGCAGAAACGCACGAACUAAGGGAAGAAACUCUGAACGCAGGCAACGUAUGCGCUAGAGACUUCCGUCAGUUACUGAUCACCAUCUUGGAAGGCAACGGAUCAGCUGAUAUGAAACAGACGUUGCCUAUCAUAUCCAGAAAGAUAGCUCAGUCGGUGACAGAGUUGGUCAGCAUAGCCAAGAGAUUGAAAGGAUCUGAUUGGGUGGAUCCUGAUGACCCUACCGUUAUAGCUGAAAACGAACUACUUGGAGCAGCCGCCUCAAUUGAUGCCGCAGCUAAGAAGUUGGCUAGUCUACGACCUAGGCAAUCUGUUAAGACUCAAGAUCCAGGAUUUGAAUCGAUGAACUUCGACGAAAUGAUUCUAGAAGCCGCCAAAUCUAUCACUGCCGCAACUUCCGCUUUGAUCAAAGCCGCCAGCGCCGCUCAGAGGGAACUAAUUGACAGUGGAAAAGUGUCAAGACAUCCAAUAUCAUCUUCUGAUGAUGGCCAAUGGUCGGAAGGUCUUAUAUCAGCUGCCAGGCUUGUAGCAGCAGCAACGCAUAGUUUGGUAGAAAGUGCUAAUGCUCUAGUCCAAGGCUUGGGUAGCGAAGACAAGCUGAUUGCUGCUGCUAAGCAAGUUGCCAGUUCAACAGCGCACCUAUUGGUCGCUUGCAAAGUUAAAGCCGAGGGAGAUACGGACGCUACGAGAAGGCUACACGCUGCCGGAAAUGCGGUUAUUAGAUCAACAGAUAAUUUAGUCAGAGCCGCUCAGCAAUCAAAACAAGUCGAAGAAGAAAGAUAUCUGGUAAUAAACAAAAAAAUGGUUGGAGGUAUUGCCCAAGAAUUGGAUGCUCAAUCUGAAGUGGUCAGGAUUGAGAGAGAGUUAGACGAUGCAAGGAGCAAGCUAGCUGCUAUUAGGCAGGCUAGAUACAAACUCAAAGGUUAUGAGACGUCGGGCGACGAAACUGACGGUUACGGAGGCUCCGCCUCCGAACAGGACAUACGGUCUAGAUCUCCGUACCAACCCAGCGCCACAAAGUACUACCAAGACUCCUACAGCCAUCUGGAAAGCCCCGACAAAAUCAACUCUUUGGAACGCACCAAAAAAUCUAGUCCCUUACUAAGUGCAAUAAACGAUUUGGACCAAGCAGUAUACGGAGGCACCAACAGUUACGGUCAAACCAACGCUGGGUAUGGCACAACCACCAGUCCGUAUGGCCAAAACUACCAAUCGUCCCCCGUGGGAGGGUACACUACUUCUCCCAGCCCUUACAGCGGUCAAACACCCCAACCUUAUUCUUACGAAACUUACAGUCAAGCCAGAGGAAGUCCUAAACCUAACAUAAGUUCUCCGACAUAUAAAACGCCUAGUUUUGGUACUGGUACCUUCCAGUCUUCGUUGAACGCGCCUAAAAGUUAUGGAACCACCACAAAUACCUCUCCUAAACCUUUCAGUACUUCUCCACAGCCACCUCCAGUACCUAGUUAUCCAGAAUCUUACACGAGGACUGAUCAAAAAAGUACCGGGUCUCCACAGCCUGGAUACCAGAGUACUAGUAGCGAGUCUUAUGUUAGAUCAGAGCAACAACAAAAACCUGGGAGUGCUUUUGACCGGUACUCUACGACAAGUACCUUUAAACCAGCCCAAGUGAGUUUAGGAGGUGGUGAUGGACUUACUAAGUCAGAAUACAGUACUAACACUUAUAAAACACCCGAAGGUUACCGUACUGACACUUAUAAAUACGAGUACUACAAAUCGGAACCUAAGACAACGUAUUCUUCUGCCAGUGAGAAGUACUACACGACAACCAACGUCAAAGACGGUCUGGGUAAUGUCAUAAGUUCGAUACAAGCACCUCUGAGUCCAAAAGAUGUAUUCCAAACGUUCAAAAAUGGUGGUACGGAUGAACAGUACCAAUCUUCAUAUUCCUCGAACGUAGAAUAUAUUAACGAACCUCCGAUACUAAAGGACGACUGUUUGGAACAGAAAUCGAUAAAAAAAUCGAUGACUGAGCAGGUGUUUGAAAAAAAGACUACCACAACCACUAAGUCGACUAAGCAAGAAUCUCAGUUGAAGUCUUUUAAGUUCCCGUAAAGGAGAAAAUAUUUGUGGUGUUUCCUUGAAAGAAACGAAAAAAAAAGUGUCAUAGUAAACUGUAAAAAUUAAAUUUACGUUACAGUAAUAAGAGAGAGAAUUUUCAAUGUCCCAACUCAAUAGGGUAAUAAAACUAAAGUGUUCACAUAAUGAUAACUGCCAUUUUGUUUUGCAAAUGAAUGUAAAGUACACUCUCUGAAUGGCUUACUACUUACUAUGACACCUUUUUUUCUAGUAAUUAUUUAAAAUAAAAAGAAUAUGCACAAUAAGUGUCCUUUUUUCAAAAUGGUGCUAAACAAACCAAUUAUUUUGCUUUUAAGGCAUUUUUUCGAGAAUUAAAUAAGUAAAAAUCCUCGAAAUAUUUUUUUUAAUUAACCAAAUAAAUUAACAUUGUCGUGACUUGUAUAUUAAUUAUUUGAAUAGAUUUUUUAAUGUGCCAAUAAUGUUUUCAUCUUUUUUUUCUGUUAUAGAGAGCUUUAUUAUAUAUGUAUGUACGUAUUUAAUUUUAAUUAUUGUAGUUAUUUUAUUAUAUUGUAGCUAACGUCGGUUUUGAAAAUAUUUAACUGUAUAUUUUUUCGAUUUACUUUACUACUUAAAUUUAGAUACUUAAUAUUGUUAGAUAAACUGUUUCAAAAGUGCCUAAAAUUUCAAAGAGCUUCUGCUGUGGUAUAACAAAUAAGAGAUACAUGAAACCUUAGUGCCUAAAAAGAGAUAAAAAAACUUUUUUCACGUCUUUUUACAAAACACAUUGCAUUUUAUUAAUUAUUCUUAAAAUAGAUGGAUUGUUUAUAUUUUUUAAUUUAUAUGUAACAUUUGUAGGUGUUUUACACUGUCGAUGUGUUGAAUAAAGAUUUUAACAAAUAUA